GGAUUUUUGAGCAACCAAGAGCCCGCGAUCAGAUUUCUAGGUUUGAAUACUGAUCUUGUUCAAGUAAUAACUCUUGAUAAUAAUAAGUAAUUCUUGGAGGAUCUAGACUACAACUGUAGUGGAGAGUCCCGGCGAGUAGAGUCUAGAGAUAGAGCUAGAGGGCGUUUGUUUUAUUGUUUUGUAGAACUAUUAUUACGCAUCGAUCAGUGUUGUUUCCAGAGAACAAGGCUUGUUUGUGCAGUGUUACCUUUACUUGAAGUGGAUAUUUGAAGCCAUCCGAAUUCUGUGGAAGAAGCCGAAGGCAAUAGACAUUGGUCACACGGAAUCAGUGUGUUCGUACCGGGAGGUCAGUGAGCAGCUUACUGCCAAGCUAAGGGCAACACUGGCAUAGCAGCUACUGCUGCUGUCCAUGACUACAUCUCGACUCCUGUCUUGGAACGGUGAGACGGGGAAGGAAAUGAAUGAGAAUAAUCCAUGAGCGUCUAUUUGUAGAUAAUUUUAACUAAUCACUCCGACAUCACCUGCACCAAUGGCAAGUGAGGGCCAUGAAGCCCAUCAGCCAAUGGAUGUCGUCGACUCUGCAGCAGCAGCAACAGCAGCGGUGACAUUGGAAGAACAGCCUAAAAGGAAGCCCAGUGCUCUGGAAAUGAAGUUUAGCCACUUACAGAGGCUGAUCUACAGGAAUAUGAAGUACCUGGAGGCCAAACUGGAGAUUACCACUCCUCUGCUGGAUCUUAUCAAAGAGAAGAAGCUUUUCCCACCAGAUGAGUUGGCAAUGCUGUACAGUGUUUUAGACAGCCACCGUGACGACCCGACACCAUGCAGAGCGGUCAACGAACAGCUCGUGACCACAGUGCUUCGCCACUGCCAGGACAAGCACGUCGACCCGUUUCUCCGCUGCCUGGAGUCUCACCAGAAGGAGAUUCCGCUCAGGAUUCUUGGAGGGAAAACCUUGAAGGAGAUCACAUCAGGGUCCCUAUCGGGUGGCAUAGUACCUGGCACAAUGUCGGAAACAAUGGACGACCUUGACAGCAGUGGCGGCAGUGUAAGCCUGUCGCAUUCUGGCUCGCUGUCCAUCGGUAGUGCUGGUGCUGCUAAAGACGUUGGAGCAGCUGUGGAUGCGUCACAGCCGUCCUCACCUAUCGGUGUGGACUAUGAUGAGUUCCCGGAACCGGAUAUAGCAUUUGAGGAAUUAUUCCCGGACUUGGAGGAGCCAAUGCCGCCCGAUGAUGCUGAAGAAGAGUGGCCCAAGAAGUACGACAUCGGACCCGGUGGUGGAACAUUUCGGGAAUGUGAUGGCGCCGUUAGUGUGUCUAUCCCGCGCGAUGCACUGGAUACUGUCCACAAGGUCUCCGUCAUGGAGGCUCCGAUCGAGGAGCACCACAAGACACCUGAUGGCGAUGUGUAUCUAGGAAAGGCUCUGUGGUUUGGCGAGCACGGCCUAACGUUCAAGCGUCCCGUGAGAGUGGAAGUACAGGAUGCCAAACUCAAGCCCGGUGAUAAGGUGCAUCUCUUCGUGAGCGAUAAGGACGAAGACCAGUUGCCAGAAUUUCUGGACAUAACCGAGUCCGGCAAUAUUUGUGUGGAUUACGACAAGAAAACAAUCUCAUUUCAAGUGGACCACUUCAGCUACUUCUUGUGGGCAAUCUCCGCUGCUCCUGUUACUGCAAUGGCCGUGGGACUUCUGCUGCAGAGUCGAGAAGUUCGUGUUCAAGUCCUGGCAAUGCCCGUCGCCAACCCAGAAACUGCAACUGAAGUCCGUCUUCAAAUAAUCCUCAAACCGCCUGGCUUUGAGAGCAAGGGAACCCGAGCGUCUGCUGAUUAUCAUCCAGUGAGUGAGUCGCGGCUGCACAAGACCCUGCAGCUGGCGCCGUUUGAACGGUACGUCCACAUGACACUUGUAUCUGCCACUGAUGAGCACGAUGAACGGGAACUUGACUGGACGCUAACGCCGGAUGCUGCUGAAAAGCUAGAUGAGGGUCUCCAGUGUCCAGAUAAUGUCAGACCGGUUAUUUUGCAGAAGAAAUCGCCAGUGGCAUCGGACCAUGUCGCUUUUCCAUUCGAAGCUGCACUGGAGUGCCACGGUACCUGGAUUACCAAGAAAGUAUAUGUGUACUUCGUGAUCGAUCCAGCAGAGCUGCUCAAGGCGAAGAGUGGGCUCGACCGCUCCCAACUCGCUGCUGCUGAGCUGCCGAAGCCGCUGCCACCCCCACCACAGUGUCCUGCUGACCAUUCCAAGGAAGCACGCAGUACGAUGAUGAGCAAAGCUCGCAAAACGGCAUUGGUAAAAACGCUGGUGGCUCUGAUGAAUCACACCCAUAGAUCGAGUUUUGAUGUUCUGGUUCCUCAGCUGCUCCGAUGCCAGCUGUUUGCUCACCACUCCGAUGAUGAUUCUAUGUUGAGCGGUGCCAGCGGGGGUACUGCGCAGAACAAGAUGAGGCACUUGGUCGACCUGGUCAGCAGAAAAUGGAACUCGGCGUUUGAUUGCUUUUGCCAUGCCCUGGAGUGUGGGCUGCAUCUCCCGCACCUUGCUUGCGCGCUGCGAAAGGAGGAAAAGGCAGCACUGGAGAGUUCGACAAGCAGUGGAGAUUGACUCUAGCCGUGUGCACGGAUAGCAAGUCAGCUUACUGGGACAGUGACUUCACUUUGUGACAUCUGCCAAUGACAUACUUAUAACAGAAUCUGGACCACCACCUGUGGCUGUGAUGCAGCCUUGUCUUUGUAUUGGUGCUUUCCUUGAUCCGCAAUCCCUGCUCCUGGCGGUCACUUGAUGAUCCAUAUCAACUUGAUAGAUUCUUUGAUGUACCACUGGAGGAUUUUCUUACAGUAGUAGGCUCUAUGCUGAUGCUAAUGCUAUGUCAAUCAGUAGGUACCUGCUGACUACAAACUCAAAGUGGUGUAAACCUGUCGACUCCAUCGUAAUAAUUUUAUAAUAAUAUUACGUUGAUUCUUGCGAGUGACAUUGUCAUUCUAAUUUAUUUAAAAAGUCAGUGAUCAAUACGGAAUGCAUACUUUGUUUAAAGGUAUAUAGAUCCUUGUGUGCUAGUCACACAUUUUCUUAACACUGCUGACGCCAGCCAGUGCUUUCCUAUCAUCUUCAGAGUCACCACCAUCACGCUCAGUAUUCUGAAUUUUCGAGCACCUUCUGAGCAAC